AUGUCAGCAAACGAUUUUUAUUCAUCAGGAGAUCAAAACAGAUACCAAGGAUCUGAGCAGCAACAGCAACAGCAGCAACAGCAGCAAUACCAGCAACAGCAGCCUCAGCAGCAACAACAAGAAGGCGAGGCUGGUGAAAGAGGUCUUCUUUCUUCAGUUAUCGGAGGAGCUGCUGGAGCCUACGGAGGUGAUCGUAUGUCUGGGGGUCAUUCAACCUUAGGUAAAAUUGGAGGUGCUCUUGCAGGAGCAGUUGCAGGAAACAAAAUAGGAAACUAUGUUGAAGGACACAAUCAGGGUGGAAAUCACAAUGGUGGAGGUAGUGGUGGCCUCAUGGGCAAUCUCUUAGGUAACAACAACAAUAACAGAAGAGAUGACUAUGGAAAUGAAGGUAGACAUAGUGGUGGGGGUGGUGGUUUCCUUGGAAACCUUAUGGGAAAUGACGAUAGGAGAGACAAUUACGGUGGACAAGGUGGCGGAGGCUACGGUGGCGGACGCCAUGAAGGCCACGGCGGUGGUAGAAAUGAUUACGGUGGUGGUAGAAAUGAUUUUGGAGGAGGAAGAAAUGAUUUUGGAGGAAGAAACGAAGGCUUUGGUGGAGGUGGCUUCGGAGGAGGUAGAGACAACUUCGGAGGAGGAAGAGAUAACUUCGGAGGAGGUAGAAAUGAAGGCUGGGGUAAUGGAGGAGGCAAUGGUGGUUAUGGCGGAAACAAUGGAGGUGGCCGUUGGUAA